AUGGGAGCAUCACUUCGAAAACUCCAGAACAGCAGUUUUGUCCCGUUGUGCGAAGGUGAUCAGCUUGUUGCCGUUGCCAAUGGCUGCUUGGACGCUACAGAAUGCCAACAGGCUGUAGAGCAAAUGGGAUUGAAGCUCGGAAACCCAGAAUUUCCGUUCGCAGGCCCCUGGGCCGACAAGGGAUGCUACUUCUAUCCCCCUGACCACCCUCUUUACCCCAACGAGGCGUACUAUGGAGCCCAAGGCACCUGUUCCGAGCUGCGAAUGAAACCAGAAGCCGGAGCUGAACGAGUGAGCUGUGAUGGAACCACCUCUCCCCCCUUUGAUCCUACGCUAUGCCCAGGAGAACUUUGCGUCACCGUGGACGGUUGCCGUGAAGCUGCUCUUGCAAUGGGUUUGGAGCUCGGCAAUCGCGAAUAUUCAUUUGAAGGCGAAUACCAAAUCAAAGGAUGCCACUAUUUCUCUGCUACAGACCUAGAGUACCCCAACCAAGCGUACUGGGGAACUGGAGCCAGUAUUUGCGGCCAGCUCCGUGCGGAACCCACUGAUGGAUCGAUUCGUCUUGGAUGUGCGGCAGAGGAGGAGGCAGUUGAAGAGUCGGAGCCCGAGCAAGAACCAGAGCCGGAGCCACAACCAGAGCCCGAGCAGGAGGAAGAAGAGGAAGUGGAAGAGCCCGAGCCGGAGGAAGAAGAAGAAGUGGAAGAGCCCGAGCCAGAGGAAGAGGAGGAAGUUGAAGAGCCGGCCCCCGAGCCCGAGGAAGAACCAGAGGAAGAGGAAGAACCCGAAGAGCAACCAGGACAAGGACAAGGACCCGGCCAAGGUCCAGGACAGGGACAAGGCCCAGGACAAGGAGCAAAGCCAGGUCCCAAUGAUGAGGACGAGGAGAUUGACACGGAGUUCCCACCUGUGUUGGGAAACGCAACAAUUGACGACGUCAACGCCACGGAGACUUUCGGAAACGAAACUGAGCCACCACGGGGCCAGCCCGUUAUUGCAGCGCUUGAGACUACCAGCGCUGCACCGGUCAAGAGUGUCGUGACUGGUUUUGUUCUUGCAGUCUUCACAGCCAUUUCCUUCUUGUAA